GUGUGCCGUUCAUGAGGGGGCAUUACAUCACAUGCGCAAGAGUUCGUCGACUGCCGUACAGCUGAGAGACGACAGGUGUUCUUUGGCCCCGGACAGGAGGAAGAGUCCGAACAGAAGAAAGGGGGACUCCGAGGGCGAAAGAAGAAAAGAAACAACAACAAGAAACAAGCCAUGAAGCCAUCCAUUGCGAUCGGCGUCCUUGUGGCUGUGGGGCUGGUCUUGCUCCUUGCAUCCCCGUUGGAAGUCUCGGGUCACCACUAUGCCUGCUGGUAUAAUACAGAUCAGAAUGCACAUACCUACAAGAAAAUCGAUUGCAAGAAGAAACCCGCUGCCGCGAGCGUGGAAGGAUGCCAGGAGAUCUGCGACUCCCAGAGCAAGUGCCGGGGAAUCGUCUAUGCGGACUACAACUGGCCCAGCCACAAGUACUGCUGCUUCCUCAAGUCUACCAUUGACGAGGACGCAUUCAAGGAUCAGCAAGACCGCGAGACUUGCAGGAAGGCAUUCAAUUGAGCGGGCUGCUGCAACCCCCUAGAGACAGUGUCCCUCUGUUUCUUGCAACUUGGGCCCAUUAUGCCGCCCAUAUCCCUCCACCAUGAGCAGAGCUUGUCGCCGUCCUGUGGAGUCGCACAGCUUGCAGGGUCGCACAGUCUGCAGAGUCGCGCAGUCUGCAGGGUUAGCACAGUUUGGAGGGUUGCACUGUUAGCAGCGUUGCACAGCUAGCUGCAGCUUUGCACAGGUUGCAGGUCACACAGGUUGUUGCUCGCAAAGUUUAUUCAGGUCAUUCAGUUUGAGCUUGUGGAUUGCUGGCUGACGGAUUUGCUCGUGCUCGCGCGAGUAGGAUCUGUCCGUUUUCAGUGGAGAAGAAUCUGUUCUACGCAACAGCCGAAACUCUGUGAAAUAUUUGCUUGUGUGAUGAAUGAAUUGUCAUCACUGGG